AGUGAGAGAAAGCAAGGUGCACAGCAAAUACAUGCAAAGGGAAGGGAGCAAUGACAGAAAGCAAGGGGCAGAGAAAACAUGCGAAAUGGAGAAAGCAAGGUGCACGGCCAAUACAUGCAAAGGGAAGGAUUAGGGUUACAGCUGCAAAGGGAGAAAGCAAGGAGCAGAGAAAAUAUGCAAAGGGGAGCAAGCAAGAGGCAGAGAAAAAACAAGCAAAGACAAAGCAAUGAGCAGAGAAAACAGACGCAAAGGGAAGGCAGCAAAGAGAGAGCAAGGUGCGGAGGAAGCUUGUAAAGGGGAGAAAGAAAGGUGCAUAGAAAAAAUAAGCAAAAGGAAGAGAGCAAUGACAGAAAAUAAGGUGCAUAGAAGACACAUGCAAAGGGGAGAAAGCUACGUGCAAAGAAAACACAUGCAAAGGAAAGGGAGCAAUGAGAGAAAUCAAGGUGCACAGAAAAAAUACAAAGGGGAGAAAGGAAGGUGCACAGAAAACAUGCAAAAGUAAGGGAGCAAAGAAAGAAAAUGCAGAGAAAACAUGCAAAGGAAGGGAGCAAAGACAAAAAGCAAGGAUGCAGAGAAGGCACAUACAAAGGGGAGAAAGCAAGGUGCAGAGAUAACAUGCAAAGAGCAGAGAAAACAUGCAAAGAGAAAAAGCAUGGUGCACAGAAAACAUACAGAAGAGAAAGCAAGGUGCACAGAAACAGAUGCAAAAGGAAGGGAGGAAAGAUAGCAAGGUGCAGAGAAAAUAUGCAAAGGGGAGCAAGCAAGGGGCAGAGAAAAAAGAAGCAAAGGGAAGGGAGGAAAGGGAGACAGCAAGGGGCAGACAACACAGAUGCAAAAAGGAGAAAGAAGGGUGCACAGAAAAUAGAUGCAAAAGGAAGGGAAGAAAGGGCGAAAGCAAGGGGCAGACAACACAGAUGCAAAGAGAAAAAGCAAGGUGCACUGAAAAUACAGGAGAGAAAGCAAAGUGCAGAGAAAACAGAUGCAAAAGGAAAGAAGCAAAGAGAAAAAAGCAAGGUGCACAGAACAUAUGCAAAGAGCACAGAAAACAUGGAAAGAGAAAAAGUAAGGUGCACAGAAAACAUACAGGGGAGAAAGCAAGGUGCACAGCAAAUACAUGCAAGGGGAAGGGCCAGGGUUACAGCUGCAAGGGGAGAAUGCAAGGGGCAGAGAAAACAUGCAAAGGGGAGCAAGCAAGAGGCAGAGAAAAAAUAAGCAAAGACAGAAAGCAAGCGGCAGAGAAAACAUAUACAAAGGGGAGAAAGGAAUGAGCACAGAAAACAGAUGCAAAAGGAAGGGAACAAAGACAGAAAGCAAGGGGCAGAGAACACAGGUGCAAAGAGAAAAAACAAGGUACACUGAAAACAGGAGAGAAAGUAAAGUGCAGAGAAAACAGAUGCAAAAGGAAGGGAGCAAAGAGAAAAAGCAAGGUGCACAGAAAACACACAGGACAGAAAGCAAGGUGCACAGCAAAUACAUGCAAAGGGAAGGGAGCAACACAAAUGCAAGGUGUGGAGAAAACAUACAAGGCAGAAAGCAAAGUGCAGAGAAAACACAUGCAAAGGGAAAGGAGCAAAGAAAAAGCAAGGUGCACAGAAAAUACAUACAAAUGGGAGAAAGGAAGGUGCACAGAAAACAUGCAGAAGGAAGGGAGCAAAGAGAAAACAAAGUGCAGAGAAAACAUGCAAAGGAAGGGAGCAAAGACAAAAAGCAAGGGGCACAGAAAACACAUGGAAAGGAAAGAGCAAUGGCAGAAAACAAGGUGCACAGAAAACAUACAAAGGGGAGAAAGGAAGGUGCACAGAAAACAUGCAGAAGGAAGGGAGCAAAGAGUAAACAAAGUGCAGGGAACACAUGCAAAGGAAAGGGAGCAAUGACAAAAAACAAGGUGCACAGAAGACAUACAAAGGGGAGAAAGAAAGGUGCAGAGAAAACAUGCAAAAGGAAGGGAGCAAAGAAAGUGCAGAGAAAACAUGCAAAUGAAGGGAGCAAAGACAAAAAGCAAGGGGCACAGAAAACACAUACAAAGGGGAGAAAGCAAGAUGCAGAGAAAACACAUGCAAAAGGAAGGGAGCAAAGACAGAAAGCAAGGUGCAGAGAAAACUCAUUCAAAGAGCAAAGAAAACAUGCAAAGAGAAAAGGCAAGGUUUAGAGAAAACAUGCAAAGGGGAGAGAGCAAGGUGCAGAGAACACAUGC